AUGAAUAUGAAGAUGUUGAAUACGUUGUUGGCAAAAGACCACUUAUCGCUGGAAGAUGAAGAUAUGAAACAGGAUCGCAUAAUCGUCAUUGAAGAUAGGUGCGAACUCCAGCCAUCGCCUCCGCAUAAUCUCUCUUUUUCUCUUACGUCCAAGGACGAGAAAAUGUCUGUGGAUAAGGGAAAAGUGAGCUCGGCUGCAGAAGAAGAUCAUGAGGCGAUAUCCAUUAUACUCAAUCAGCCUCUCGCUACUAGAUUUCUUGAUGAUCCUAUCAUUAACGGCUUGUGUGAUCGUUUGGCUGAACAUCAACCGCUUGUUAAGACGGCACAACAGCUUUUGAAGGCACUCCGAGGUUCUAAAGUACUUGAGGAUGGCAAUCUCAAUGAUGACGCCCUAAAACAUUUUGCACUUCUGCUGAAAACAUGGCGUUGUAAACAUUUCAGAUCGGGGAUAAAUGAAAUAAUUCACCAAUCGGAAUGUGUUCUGCCCGCCGUUAUAGAAGAACUUUCCGAUGGAGUAACCUCUGAAAAAAUUGAAGAACGGAUGUGUCGUAUCAAAGGAGAUCAGAACUUGGGACAUAUUCUGGAGGUUGCAAACCCUCCUGCUACAAUGAUAAGGGGACUCUUGAUUGUUGUAAUUGGGUAUUGGAGUUAUAAAAAGUUGCCUGUUGAAGAAAUGUGUGACAUUUUAGAAGAUGAUGAAUGUGAUGUCGUAGAAGAUAAAGUUGACAAUGUCGGUGGUGAUGUAUUGGACGAGAGACUUAUGUUGGAAAGAGAGGAACAUAAUGAGUGGUUGAUGAAGUACGGCAGUCCUGUUCAGAAACUAGACGAAGAACCAGCCAUUGAAGAGUUGGCCGAUGACUUAGAGAAAGAUCCGCGCCUUUCUGAAAAGCUCAACAAUCACACAAAGUCCUGGAGGAUUCCCACUCUGUUCAUCUGCUUUUUGAGAGAAUUAAGAGGGACACUGAAGCUCGUUGUUUUGUAUCCGAAUCAGGCCAACGAGUAA